CCGGGUAAUCAACACGCAUUACUUUAUUUGUGGCCCUCUCGGAACUACGGCUCCGUGAGCCAGCUCAAUCAUACACAAACCAACAAAUCAAUGCUGCACAUUGUCUACCCCACAAACCCAACGAUGCGGAAUCAGGAGUGGUGACCCGGGAGGUGGCACAGCAGGGAAUGGAUUGACAUCUCUCGACGAGGCAUAGCUUAUGGCCUUCGCAACGUAUGUGGUGCGUGCUUAAAUUCAAGCCUCUAGGCUCUAUCCCGGCCCCUGAGCCACCUGGACUCCCAAACUCUGCAUAAAGGAACAGGAGCACUACCGUGCCGUCCCGUUUACCCAACCUGGUUCCUGCUUUCUACUCUCGACAUCCACCAGCUCUACCUUGCUUACUCUCCAACCAUGAAGUCCCUCCUCCACCUCGCCGCUGCCGCGGCCUUUGCAGUAAACAGUGUGGCCGGCCACUAUAUCUUCCAGCAGUUCUCCGCCGGCGGGACCCAGUAUCCCGUCUGGAAGUACAUCCGGCGCAACAGCAACCCGGCCUGGCUGCAGAACGGGCCCGUCACGGACCUGUCGUCCGUGGACCUGCGGUGCAAUGUCGGCGGCACUGUCAGCAACGGCACCGAGACCAUCACCAUGAAGGCCGGCGACCAGUUCACCUUUACCCUGGACACGGCCGUCUACCAUGCCGGGCCCGUCUCGCUCUACAUGAGCAAGGCCCCUGGCGCGGUGGCGGAUUACGACGGGAGCGGGCCGUGGUUCAAGAUCUUUGACUGGGGCCCUUCAGGGUCGAGCUGGCCUAUGCGAAAUUCGUACACAUACAACAUCCCGCGGUGCAUCCCGGACGGCGAGUAUCUGCUGCGCAUCCAGCAACUCGGCCUCCACAACCCCGGCGCGCCGCCACAGUUCUACAUCAGCUGUGCGCAGGUCAAGGUCACCAACGGCGGCAGCACGACGCCUUCUCCGACUGCCCAGAUUCCCGGGUUCGUUAAGAGCACCGACCCCGGAUACACCGUCAAUAUCUACAAUGGCAAUCUCAACAACUACGUCGUCCCAGGUCCCAGAGUGUUCACCUGCUAGGGACAUCUCUCGGACACAUCCAGACUUCGGUAGCUUUCAAGAUGACUAUUUCUGUAUAUACAUCCUUGGCUACCUUACAGUCAAAAACUCGAGUCCGUAUGCAUGAAUCUAACUCCCACUGCCCUUGUCUUUGUCCCUGCGGUAUGUUGUCUUGUUGUACUGUUGCUUUCGGCAAUUGCCCUUUUUAGCGUGUUUGACUUGUCUUUUUCCAUGGACGAUACCGCCAACAACUCCAGUUAUUGAUCCCGACUUUAUCACAGUGUCUAUCAUCACCCAUCCAGGAUGACGAGUCUUCGUAAAAAAGAGAGAAUGUAUACAGGCCGUUACACCACCCAG